UGUUGUAGAACGAGUCAUUUUCUGAACAGUUGUCUUUAUCUUUGCUUUAAAGUUUUAUUAUUUAAAUCCCUUUAGUGAACAAACAUUAGUAAAAAUGGACGACGAUUUACCUACCGACUUCCAGGUCAUCGUCGUUGGAACUGGUAUGGUGGAGUCGAUAGUAGCAGCAGCCUGCAGCAGAAUAGGGAAGAAUGUUCUACACUUAGACUCUAGCGACCACUAUGGUGGGCUCUGGGCAUCCUACAAUUUCGAUGGGCUGCAAAAAUUCAUCAAAGAAGUCAAUGCUGAUCCUAAGCGUCAGCAACAGGUCUACAAUGUAUCUGAGAACUGGUAUAUUGAAAAGGAUGCACCACAAGAAGAAGAAAAAAAAGAGGAUGGGGAAGAAUCCAAAGAGCCAGCCAGGAAAGUUUGGAGCCAAGCCAGCUUUGCGGCCGAGUACAGGAAGUUCAACAUUGACAUGACUCCCAAGCUGCUGUUCUCCCGCGGGCCGUUGGUAGAGCUGCUCAUCUCGUCCAACAUCGCGCGCUACGCGGAGUUCCGGUGCGUGACGCGCGUGCUCACGUGGCUGGACGGCAGGCUGGCGCCCGUGCCGUGCUCGCGCGCCGACGUGUUCGCCACCGAGGCGGUCGGCAUCGUUGAGAAGCGGCAGCUCAUGAAGAUGCUCACCUCCAUCGUCGGGUACAAUGAGGAGGAGAUGAACAACGAGUUUAAAGACUGGAACGACAAGACGUUCAAGGAGUACCUGACCCACAAGGGUCUGACGCCGACCCUGGUCCACUACGUGUUGUUCGCGAUCGCGGGCGGCGACAACCACAUGCCGUGCCUCGAGGGCGUGCGCGAGUGCAAGAAGUUCCUGAUGAGCCUGGGCCGUUACGGGAACACACCCUUCCUUUGGCCCAUGUACGGCAGCGGCGAGCUGCCUCAGUGCUUCUGCAGAUUGUGCGCGGUAUUUGGCGGCGUGUACUGCCUGAACCGGCCCAUCGACAAGGUGGAGUCGAAGACGGUAGAGGAAGGCAAGACGCAAGUCACCAUCGCCAGCAAGUCCAAGACGCUCAACUGCGACCACCUCGUCAUCGGCAUCAACGACUGCCCCAAGGAACUCCUCUCCGACGAAUCGGGAGAGCGCUGCGACAUCUCUAAGGGCGUGUUCAUCACGAACGCUUCGAUGCUGGCGAGCGAGAAGGAACCGCUGACGCUGCUGCGCUUCCCGCCGCUCGGCGACUCGGAGCACGCCGUCACCGUGCUCGAGGUGGGGCCCGCCACCGGCUCCUGCCCCAAGGGACUAUUCGUGGUGUACUUCAUCACGAACAAGGUGAAGGACGCGGAGAGCGACCUCAUGCCGUAUGCCGAGAAGAUCUUCCACAUGGGCCCCGGCGAGUCACCCGACGACAGACCCAAGUGCCUGUGGUCGCUGGUGUACAACGUGGCGGACACCAGCUUGGGCGCGGCGAGCGGCGCGGCCGGCGUGCACGUGUGCGCCGGGCCCGACGCCGGCCUCGACUUCGACCGCGCCGUGCACCAGGCGGAGCAGAUCUUCAAGCAGAUCUGCCCGGGCUCGGAGUUCCUGCCGCGCGCGCCCGACCCCGAGGAGAUCGUGUUCGAGGACGGCGCCGCGCCCGGGCCCGAGUUCGAGCGCGGGGACAAGGACGACAAGCAGUAGCCAGCCCGCCGGGGCCGGGGCCGGGGCCG